AUGCCGGAGCCCGGUAAGCGCAGGCGAGACGGCGCUGCGCUGCUCACCGUCGUCGGGCUGAUCAUCAUAACCAUCCUGAGCAUGUGGCGGUUAAAGCGGAUGAGAUUUAAGUUUAUUCAUGUAACCGGAGGGGCAAUGUUGUACGGUGCGCUUUUGGGAUUGGCGGUGAAGUGCUUGUCAUCCGCAAGAGGGGAAGACUUGGAGGGUGUGCGUGUUUGCCUGAACGGCACCCACCUCCCCGCGACCACCAACGUCACAACACAGGCGCGCUGCUACAGGUGUACGGAGGAGGGACUCAGCCCUCACACAAGCCAAGGAUGCCCCCUCUUCCCGAUGCUUGACGAGGUGACCUUUGAUCCUGAGGUGCUUCUCAAUCUGUUCCUGCCGCCCAUCAUCUUCCAUGGAGCCUACACCCUUAAUCAGAGACGAUUCAUCAACAACCUGGGAUCUGUGCUGACCUUUGCCCUCUUGGGAACAAUAAUCUCUUGUGGGAUCAUUGGGGCCUGUGUGUACGGCUUCACUCGGCUGAUGGUGCUGGCAGGCCAAGCUGCAGAGCCGGACUUCCCCUUCAUCGACUGCCUCCUGUUUGGAGCCAUGGUGUCGACCACUGACCCAGUAUCCGUGCUUGGCCUCCUCUCAGAGCUGCGUGUGGACCCGGAUCUGCACGCCCUGCUGUUCGGAGAGAGCGUCCUCAAUGAUGCCACGGCCAUCGUCUUGACUCAUGCCAUCGGUGCCUACAGACAGGUGGACGGAGGACACGCCUUCAGCGCCCCCACCUUCUUCCUAUCGAUGGGCCACUUCCUGGCGGUGUUUGCCGGCUCCUUUUUUCUGGGUUUUGCGUUCGCAGUAACCACAGCUCUCCUCACAAAGUUCACUCGGCUGAGUGACUGUCCACUGCUGGAGACGUCCCUUCUCUUCCUGCUGUCGUGGUGCAGCUUCCUGUCGGCGGAGGCCUGUGGCCUAUCAGGUAUCGUGGCAGUGCUGUUUUGUGGGUUGACUCAGGCCAGAUACACGCUCCACAAUCUUUCCUUAGAGGCCAAGACCAGGGCCAGACAGCUCUUUGAAUUCUUCAACUUCCUUGGAGAGAUUUUUAUCUUCACCUGCAUGGGAUAUGUAUUGUUGACAUUUCCAUGCCAUGUCUUCAAAGCCCUCUUCAUAUCUGGGGCAUUUCUUGCCAUCUUCGUGUCCAGAGCCUUUAACAUCUAUCCUUUGUCGUUCCUCUUAAACCUGGGCCGCCAAACCAAGAUACCUUGUAACGUCCAGCACUUCAUGAUGUUUGCAGGUUUGAGAGGGGCUGUGGCUUUUUCCCUUGCCAUCAGAGACACGUCCAAGGAGGUGAAACGAACCAUCCUCACCACCACCCUCCUGGUAGUGUGCAGCACAGUCUGGCUACUAGGCGCCGCUGCUAGACCAGUACUGCGCCGACUGAACAUCAGGCGGGUUCCCUCUGAGAAUCCAACCUGUGUGUCGUCCAUUCACUGCAAGACAGCUUGGCACAGACAACUAAACGAAGGCAAUGAACUGGAAAAGGAGACGGAGACCUUUCCCCGAACAGAUUACAUCUUCUCACCGAGUUAUCUCUUCCUGAAGCCGGCGCGGGCCCUGGCCACCGCCCCCAUGUGUUGCAACUGCUCUCAGGGAGGAGGGAGGAAAGACACAAACUUGGUUUCAGAGCGCGGCGGAGGAGCGCAGGGGAGAGGCCGAGCGAGAGUAGAUGCAGAUGAAGAUCCAGAGGACUGUUCUCCUGCUGCGGUCGACACAGGAAGACCGCGUGCACAGGCGGGUCGGCCAGACCGAACAGCGGGCCUGUGGCACCGUCUGGACUCCAAAUAUCUAAAGCCGGCGCUGACACACUGCGGACCCCCGCUGACCAGCUCUCUGCCAGGGUGGUGCAGGCCACUGGCCAGGCUCUUCAGUCCCCGUGAGGACAAGGAGCAGCUGCAGGAGAUGGCCGACGGCACCCCCGAUGAGAUGGAGAAAGCGGAGGAGGACCAGCAGGAGCACGUGGGGGGCAACGCCGAACCCGGACACCAGGAAGACCUGGAGGCGGGGGACCUGGGCCUCGGGACGGGCCAGCCUCCAGCUGCUGAGGAGCGGCCCGGGCCUCCGGGAGUCUCCUCCAUCCACAGCUUGUCAGAAACGGUCCCCGCUUCUGCCUCUGCCGCCCGCGCAGAAUGAGGUCACAGGCCGGCGCAUGUUAAAAUUCAGACCGGGAGCUCGAGUUACGCAAGGUCCCAAAAGAUCACUCGCCGCCUCUGCCCCUCGCACACACACACGCACAGACACGGGUCGGGGGGUUACUGGGAAAAGGGCGUAACAGCAGAGAUCAUUGUAUUUUACGGGGCUGUCUUGUUGUUGCACCCUCUGGGGAUAAAAUGGCCAGUGCAUUUCAGCACUGGAAGUGAAAGGGGGGGUUAUUUUUAACAGUCCUCUGGUAGUGGCUGUAUUGAAAGUGCACCGUGUUUCCUUUUGUUUUGGGGUUGUUUUUUUUUUCCCACGUGAGCAUCAAAACCGGUUUAACAAACCUCGCUCGUGCUCAGAUGUCUCAUGGUAAAUUCAACGCUCCUGCAGAGUCCCGCUUCUGUUUAUCUUUCAAACCCGGUGACACCCGAGUCAAACAACUCCCCUCCUCUCUGGUGCCUUCAGCUGCGGGAGGAACGUCGGCGACUAUCUGCUGUUUAAUAAUACGCUCGCUUGUUCGGCACUUUUCAUUUCUGUCGAAGCGGCGAAGCGUGGAAAUUAACCCGCACCGUCUCCGGCGCCUGCGAAUCCGUUAAUUGACUUGCGUUUCCCUUUAAUCAGCUGGAAUGCUAUUUUUGUGCCAAAGUAGCUUCGCUCUCCCCUCGGCUCCUUUAUUAAACAUUUAUUGCAGCCCCCUCCCCCAAUCCUUUUAACUGAUUCAAAUGUAUUCCAUCGAAUUCAUCACCCCCCCUCGCCCACCCACCCACCACCCACCCCGAACCCCAUCCUACUUACCGUCUAUUGCUGAACCAGAACGCUUGCCGAUGCUUUAAGUGUAUUAGCAUCAUUUAGGGGAGAGGUGAUUAGCAUUUGAGGCCCGCCGCCACUGUAUAGAUCGCCACGUUGCCAUCUCCCUAGCACAUCAUCAUAAGUCUCCGGGCCCCAUCCCCCCCCCCCCUUGAAUUAAGCAGGGUGUUGUUCGUGGCACCGGCCCAGUAAAUUGAAGGUUAGGCUUUGUGAAUAUGUAGACUGUUUUCCCUCGUAUUAAUAGGAUCAUUGCCCUUGGAAAUGAGCACCAUGAGGGGGCGGUGGGGUUGGGGGGGGGGCUGCAUCAUGAAUGCGUGGGUGCAUCUAUGGAAUGCUGCUGCUUUAAGGUUCGGCGUGGCCGCCAGAGGAAACGCGAGCUCUUCUCCUCGCUGGUCCGGAGCAGUGUUUUGAACACAGCCGUUGCACUUGUGUUUAGACGGUUAAUGACUGCGGCAAACUUUUAUCGGGAUGCUGGUGGGCUGAGGCGCUGAACUGUUUGAAGUCAGCCAAGUACAUCAGCGUUGAGUGCACACGCUCCUCUGUAGCUCUGCCUCUAUCUAUCCAGCCCAGCCGCUUGUCAAUAAUACCCCCCAUCAACCGCA